AUGGACAUCUCUCAACUCUCCACCCAGCUCACCGAAGCACCAACCCACUUCCCAAAUUGUUGUCUAUCUAUCUCCAGCACCCUGAUAGCCCACUUAGCAUGGCUCCUUCCUAAAAGUCCCGCGUUUACCCUAUCAAUAGGCUGUGGAUCCGGUCUCCUUGAAGCUCUAAUACUACAUAACCACCCCAGCGUCCACAUCACCGGAAUAGAAGUCUCCACGUCAGUCAACCGCUACCUUGCAGAAGAGGACUUCGACGUGGUCAGCGGGACUUGGGAUCUGUAUGCGCGUGCGCCGCAGGCGGCAGCAUGGAUGUUGGUUUACCCGCGUGAACCGAAGCUGGUUAGCAAGUAUAUCGAGCUGUAUGGCGAUGGACCUGAGUCGUCAGUGCAGAUGAUUCUGUGGUUAGGACCUCGCGCGGAUUGGGCUGAUUAUGAGCCGUGCUUUCGCAAUUCGUCUUUCUCGGACGUCUGUAUCCCUGAGAAUGUGGGGAUGAUGGAGUUCGAGAUGUUGGCUGUUAUGCGCAGGAGGUAG